UGACAGUAUGUAAAGAAUUGUAAAGGGAAAUAAUGAGUUGUUGUGUGCCACAGAACGUCACUGCUAACCACAGGGUCAACGACGUCAUUGCCACUGAGGAUGGACCUCAGACCCUGGUCGGUCGCUUCAUGUAUGGUCCCUUAGACAUGGUCACCCUAACUGGAGAAAAGGUGGACAUCCUGCUGAUGACACAGCCUCAGUCAGGCCGCUGGGUCCACUUUGACACCGAGGUGACCAACAGCAGUGGCAGAGUCACGUAUACCAUACCCAAGAGCAAGAAGCUCAGCCUCGGAGUUUACCCCGUCAAAAUGGUGGUGAAGGGCGAUCAGACAAGCGCAGAGGCCAACCUGACUGUGUUACCACGGGGCAUGGAGUGUGUCGUAUUCAGCAUCGACGGCUCCUUCGCUGCCAGUGUGUCAAUCAUGGGCAGUGAUCCUAAAGUCCGACCCGGAGCUGUGGACGUCGUCAGGCACUGGCAGGAUCUUGGAUAUCUGAUCAUCUACAUCACAGGUCCUGAUAUGCAGAAGCAGCGCGUUGUAUCUUGGCUUUCGCAGCACAACUUCCUCAUGGGUGAUAUCUUUUCUGAAGGCCUGGUUCACGAUCCGCUGCGACAGAAGACCAUUUUCCUCAGGAAUCUGAUACAGGAGGUACCAGAAGUAUAG